CCACCCCGAGGCAGCUCAGUCUGGCGGCCCCCGCGGAGCACCAGCGAUCGCAGAUCGCCGCGGCCGGGAAGGAGGGCGUUCGCGGUGCAGCGCGGCGGGCAUCGGAGGCCGCCCAGUGGGCCCCCCGCGCCGAUUGCCCUCCGCGCGCAUCUCUCGGUCCGUCGAUCGGUGGGUCGGCGCGGCCGGCUGGAAGCGCUGAGCUGCCGGCACCGUGUGGGAGGCGACAUCAGACCGAUGGCGGCGGCGGCGGCGACGGCGGCGGCCCUGUCGGCCCUGGGGGUGCGGCUGUCGCGCUCGGCGGCGGCCCGCGGCUCGUACGGCGCCUUCUGCAAGGGGCUCACGCGCACGCUGAUCACCUUCUUCGACCUGGCCUGGCGGCUGCGCACGAACUUCCCCUACUUCUACGUGGUGGCCUCGGUGAUCCUCAACGUCCGCCUGCAGGUACAUAUUUAGAGCAAGUAACUUUGUGGCGUUCGGGGGUCCCCGAAGGAUGGCUGGCUUCCACCCCGCGGCUCCCCCGCUCUAGAGCACAGCGGCCAGUAGGCUCGCGCGCGCAGACUCGCCCGGCUGCCUUUCCACGGCCUUCUCUUUCCAUGUACAUGGGCGGCUAGAAAACCUCAUUUGCGGAAAGCCUACUGUAUAACCAAAAAAGCCGAAGACUGAGCGAAAGGGUGAUUCUCUAGGAAAUAGUUCAAGGAACAGGAAAGAACUUUAAACUCCGAAGAUCCUCAGAAAUACCUGAGACGUUCUUGCAGCCGUGAAACACACAACAGCCCGAACGGGAGGAAGCGACGGUGGUCUCAGGAUGCCCGAAGGGGGAAAACCAGAGGAGAGGUUACUAACGACCCAGACGUAAACUAACUGCACAACGACGGUCCAAUUGGGCAAGGAAAUCUUCCAAGUUAGAGUAAGAUGCGAACAGACUUCCAACAGAAUAUGGACUGAAUUCCAAGCCAUGAGCUGGACUGCGUUGGAAGCCGGGGGAAAUUAACAACAGGAUCUGGAAGGCAUACACGGCCUCAUCCCCAAAGCCAGGUCAGUGGCGAACAGAAACACUACGGCGCAAAACAAACAUUUCAAACUGGACAAGGAAAGCAGGCUUCGAUCAGGAAGCUGCCUCAGACCGGGCCGGGUUUGAACAGCUGCCAGGAGUGGGAGAAAGGGAAUCGGCUCGAAAACCGAUCGGCACGUGCAGCGCUCGGAGAGGAGACCGACCAGUCAUCCCGUGCAGCUCGGCUCUUCAGCGAACCUUAUUUCAAUAAUCAUUCCGAUGGAAAAAGAAGUUACGGUUUUCCGUUCUUAGACCAAAUCUGUCAGCUGAGCAGGGAAGACUUCAUUCGUAACGGGGCUAGAACUGGAUGGGAAGGUUAGCCGCUUGGACAGUGCGCAGUCCGGGCAACAAGUGGACAGGCAGAGAGGAGGAAAUGGAGCGGUGGCGUUAUUCUCGGGAAGCAGAAAGUCCAGAUUCUGGCUCUAGUUGAAAGAAUAAGGCAAGUUUAGGGAUCGUAUUAUUAAGCGAACAAGGUAGCCACCGGGGGAAUUAAAAAUAGUGAUUCAGCCAUAGUGAGGGGGGAGGGGGGUGCUGGGACAGCGGGAAGUCAAAAUUCCUUAUGUUAUCAAGUCAAAAAAGUAGUAAUAAAAGCAUAUUCUUAAGGAAGAAAGGAGCUAACCACUAGACAGACAGGUGUAAACGUUUUUGCCUCUGGCUUAGUUCCCUAAGUUGAGCAGGAUGGGCAGGGAUUUACUACUUUUCAUUAUAUGCCUUUUUUUUUCACUAUUGGAUUUUUUUUUAAACUAUGUAUGUAUUGCGUUCAUUAAAAAGUAAAACUUAGUAAAAACUGAAUUGAUUGCAAUUAGAAGGACAUUUGGGGGAGGGGGAGCUGGGGAUGGGCACAGAAGGCCAGGGAGAUUGCACCUUCCUUUCUGCGUACCCUAAAAUGUUCCUGAAUGAUCCCACCAUAUAGGAUUUCCUUGCUUUCCAUGCAAACUUUAGAACCCAAGGAAAAGCUUUAAAAAUAAAAAUGGCCAGUCAUCUUCAGGUAGCCCAGAGCUUCCUCACUCUCUGAAACUGCAUGAGCAAAUUCCUGCGGCGAUAUAGUUAAGGUUAAAAAAAAAAAAAGAUUUAUUUUAUAAAAUACUUGCAAUUUUUCAAAACUGUUUUCCAGGUUUAUCGAGGCAUAAGCGACAUGUAACCUCGUGUAAAUGUAAGCUGCCCAGUGUGUUGGGUUUGAUACACUUCUACACUACAAUGUGAUUGCCCCCAGCCUAAGCUGACUCUUGGUCACGUCACAUAAUUACUGUUUUUUUUGUGGUGAAAACAUUCAAGAUUCCUCUCUUAGCAACUUUCAAGUGUAUGAUAGAAUAUUAACUAUGAUCACAGUGCUGUGUCUUAAAUCCCUAACGUUUAUUUGUCUUCUCACUGGGAGUUUGUACUCUUGGGCCAACAUCUCCUCACUGCCCCCAGCCCCGUGGUAACGACCAUCCUACUGUUUCUGUGGGUUUGGCUUUUUUCCAUUCCACGUAUAAGUGAGAUCAGAUAGAACAUUGAUGGACACUUCGACGAGUGCCUCAAGAUGUUUAGACGAGGUGCUUACAUUUUACUAUCGGUCGUAAUAGCAAGCCGGUGGAAUAAAUUAAAUGUCCCACAUUAGUGUAGGGGUGCAGGGCAGGCCGCCCCAAGAUGGCUGCUUUGGUAUGACUGCUACUUUGAGCCAAAAGCAGUCAGAACCCAGCAGAUGCCAGGAAAGCUCUUUACCUCCCCCUCAACUGCCUGUCUGUACCAGGAAGAAAGCUUGAAACAGAUCCCCCCCCACUUUUUUUUUAAGAUUUUAUUAAUUUGAGAGAAUGAGAGAGAGUACGAGGCAGGGGAGGGGCGGAGGCAGAGGGAGAAGCAGACUCCCCACUGAGCAGGGAGCCCCCUACUCGGGGCUCCAUCCCAGGACCCUGAGAUCAUGAUCUGAGCGGAAGGCAGACGCUUCACCUUCACCGACUGAGCCACCCAGGCGCUCCUGAGAUUCCUCUUUACCUAAAAAAAUUUAUCUGCAUACCAAGGCGACCUUUGUUUUCCAAACAUCUCCUCUCCCCUUCCUGCUAAUGGUCUUUCUCCCCUUUUAUUUUCAGACCCUACCCUUCUCUUUAGCUCCUCUAAGCCUCAUGUUGCCUCACUGUUUCUGCAAUCUCCUGUCUGUGGAUACCCCAUAGGUCCGCUAUUAAAUUUGAUUUUCUGUUAAUCUAUCUCAUGUCAAUUUGAGUCUUAUUCCGGCAAGAAGGACCUUGAAGGGCAGAGGAACUUCCUCCCCAACAGUAGGAGCUUGGUUUAUUUAUUUAUUAUUUUUUAAAAGAUUUUAUUUAUUUAUUUGACAGAGAAAGACACAGCGAGAGAGGGAACACAAGCAGGGGGAGUGGGAGAGGGAGAAGCGGGCUUCCCGCCGAGCAGGGAGCCCGAUGCGGGGCUCGAUCCCAGGACCCUGGGACCAUGAUCUGAGCCGGAGGCAGACGCUUAACGACUGAGCCACCCAGGCACCCCAGUAGGAGCUUGGUUUAAUAAAAAUAAAGUAUAACUAUAUAAUGGAGUACUGUGUAGCCAUUAAAAAUAAGGAAUUCUAUUUUAUCAAAGUGGAAUGAAUCUAAUAGAUGGGAAGUCACCUCACAAAUGGCUUGUGAUUGAGCCAGAGGGACACACACACACACACACACAGAUGUAUACAUGUAUAUACAUUUGUACACUCCACUUAGUGAUAGGGUAUGAGGAUACUUGGAAACAGGGUGUCCGGAUGGCUCCGUUGGUUUGGCGCCUGCCUUCGGCUCAGGUCAUGAUCCCCGGGUCCUGGGAUCCAACCCCACAUUGGGCUCCCUGCUCAGCUCUCCCCUCCCUCUGCUCUCUCCUUGUGCUCUCUCUCCCUCUCUGUCUCUCUCAAAUAAAUAAAUGGAAUCUUUAAAAAAAAAAAAAAGAAUACUUGGAAACAUUAUUGCACUCUUAGGAUAAGCCGUGAGAUGUUCUAAGUACUUUAUAUACAUCAUCUCAUUUAAUCCUGGCAACAACCCAGAGAUAGGAGCUGUUCUUAUCCACAGUUUUCAGGACAGGAGACAAGCACAGAGGAGUAUAGUGGCAGGCUGAUGAAAUACUUUGAACAAUAUCAUUCUUACUAAUAUGAGGCCUUCAUUGUGAUGAUUAGUUUAGUUUAGUUUAGUUUUUUAAAGAUUUUAUUUGACAGAGAGACCGCGAGAGAGGGAACACAAGCAGGGAGAGUGGGAGAGGGAGAAGCAGGCUCCCCGUGGAACAGGGAGCUGGAUGCGGGGCUCGAUCCCAGGACUCUGGGAUCAUGACCUAAGCCGAAGGCAGACGCUUAACGACUGAGCCACCCAGGCGCCCCUGAUGAUUAGUUUUUAAUCAUGUUUUUAUUGCUUAAAUUGUGAGACCUUUACAUUUUUGGUGUAAGAUUCACUAUCCAGUGGGUGCCACAGAUGCUGGAAUUUGGGGAAAGCUGAGCUAGGCCCUCCAUUCCUGGAAGCCCCAUCUAGAGUUACGGGGGUCACACAACUGAAGGUCAGAUGGAGCUUAGCCACUUACAGAGGAUUUGAAUUCUAACCAAGGAAACUCAUUUUAAGGAAAUAUUAAAAGCAUUCUUUAUAGCAAACACUCAGAUAAAAGCAAAUUGGUUUUAAUGUGGAAAUUGUAACUAAUUAAACACCACUUUCUUCUCAGAAAACACAUCUUCUUGCCCAUGAACAAAGACCAAAUACACACAUUUCUAAACAGUUACAGUUUAAAAGUUGUUUUUUUUUUUUUUUAAGAUUUUUAUUUAUUUAUUCAUGAGAGAGAGAGAGAGAGGCAGAGGGAGAAGCAGGCUCCCAAGGAGCAGAGAGCCCGAUGCGGGACUCGAUCCCAGGACCCUGGGAUCAUGACCUGAGCCGAAGGCAGACGCUUAACCAUCUGAGCCACCCAGGCGCCCCAGUUUAAAAGUUGUAACAUGCAAAGAGCACGAGGCUUUUGGUUUUGUGUUUCACUUUUCAAAUCAUACCGCAGGGAUAAUUUCUCUCACCCCACAGCCAAAAAAAACCCGCCAAAACACAAAAGACAGCAGUGUAACUACAGCAUCCUCAGAUUGAUUAACCUGUUCUCUUCCAUGCUCAUCUGCCCUUCGAGAGCUGAAUAUCUCUGGCAACUUUUACAUUGACUUAUUGUAGUUAGAUAUAGUUCUCUUGAGCAUGGCUAACACGACCUUCUAUUGAUCUAAAUAGAAGAUAUCCUUUAACUCACACUCUCCUAUGCAAUCCUCGGGAAGGAGCUCCUCUCGUCCAUGCUAAAUAUUUUCUACCUUGACUCUAUCAUUUCCCCCUUCCAGGGCCUGUCCUGAUACCACCAAACGUCUGAUGUUACAGAUGCAAAUGCAGAUUCCAGACCCUGGACUUCCUACCCCUGGGCUUUCUGUUGUGACCCCUGACUCCCUUCCUUGGACACGGUUCUGUGACUGCCUUCAGACUCAGACUGGUUCUGGUCACCUGAAUGACUACCGGCAUUGACACCUUUCUCCAGCAACGCAAA